AUCAAAAUGAACUUACUAUAAUGUUGCUUAUGUUUUUGCAUCAGGAUAUUGGUAUCGAUUCUCACCACCACAUUGGAAAUAUUAAUUUUUUUUUGGCUGAUUCAAUCUCAAAGUUCUCGAUCCACAUUAAUUUCUCUCAAUGGAUCUCCUCCAAAUCUACAAAGACCGAAAUGAUGAUGAAAUAGACAAACUAGAGGACCAAUUCCAAGACCCUAAUUCCACUGCAUCAUCCCCUGAGGCCUCCCCACCACGCCUUCUUCCCGCCAAGUUUGCAGCUCCAAAGGUCGAUGAAACCAUGUUGGCCCCCAUGGUGGCUCAAGCCUACCAAGCACAGUUGAGGCCAAUAGACCCACUCCAGCAUGUUGUUGCCUUUAACCCCACCUAUGAACAGCUCUGGGCCCCCAUUGUUGGCCCAGCCCACCCAUACACCAAGGACGGCAUUGCCCAGGGCAUGCGCAACCACAAGCUCGGCUUUGUCGAGGAUGCCUCCAUUGAACCUUUCAUCUUCGAUGAGCAGUACUAUACUUUCCACAAGUAUGGCUAUGGCUAUGCCCCUGACCCCUCUGCCUCCGCUGGCAACAAUUAUGUCGGUGAUCUUGAUGCCUUGCAAAAGAAUGAUGCCAUCUCUGUCUACAACAUCCCACAGCACGAGCAGAAGAAGAGGAAGAUCGAAAAGAAGGAAACAGAGAAGGAGGAAGGUAAUGGCCACGAAGAAAACCUCAAUACGGUUGAGCUUCAGAAUCCAGCCAGUGACACUUGGUUGAUGAAGAAUAGGAAGAGUCCGUGGGCAGGCAAGAAGGAAGGGUUACAAAUAGAAUUGACGGAAGAGCAGAAGAAGUAUGCAGAGGAGUAUGCUAAGAAGAAGGGUGAGGAGAGAGAGAGAGGUGGUGAAAAGGGAGAGAUUCUUCCAGAUAAGAGUACAUUCCAUGGUAAAGAAGAGAGAGAUUAUCAAGGUCGGUCUUGGAUUGCGCCUCCCAAGGAUGCCAAGGCCAACAACAAUCAUUGUUAUGUACCAAAGAGAUUGGUGCACACUUGGAGUGGCCACAUGAAGGGCGUGUCUGCAAUAAGGUUCUUCCCGAAACAGGGGCAUUUGAUAUUGUCAGCAGGGAUGGAUACAAAGGUGAAAAUUUGGGAUGUGUUCAAUUCGGGCAAGUGUAUGAGGACUUACAUGGGUCACUCCAAGGCAGUCAGGGAUAUUUGGUUUUGCAAUGACGGGACAAAGUUUUUGACUGCUGGGUAUGAUAAGAAUAUCAAGUACUGGGACACAGAGACAGGGCAAGUGAUAUCAACUUUUAGCACCGGGAAGAUUCCAUAUGUGGUUAGGCUUAAUCCGGACGAUGAUAAGCAGAACAUUUUGUUGGCGGGGAUGAGUGAUAAGAAGAUUGUUCAGUGGGAUAUGAAUACUGGACAGGUUACGCAAGAGUAUGAUCAACAUUUGGGGGCCGUGAAUACCAUUACGUUUGUUGAUAAUAACAGGAGGUUUGUGACUUCGAGCGAUGACAAGUCGCUUCGAGUAUGGGAAUUUGGGAUUCCUGUGGUUAUAAAGUAUAUUAGUGAGCCUGAUAUGCAUUCUAUGCCAUCCAUUUCACUUCAUCCCAGUACAAAUUAUCUUGCCGCACAGAGUUUGGACAAUCGGAUUCUUACGUAUAGCACGAGGGACAGGUUUCAGCUCAAUAAGGAGAAGAGAUUUUCCGGGCACAUUGUGGCAGGGUAUGCUUGCCAAGUCAAUUUCUCGCCAGAUGGCCGGUUUAUUAUGUCAGGAGAUGGUGAGGGUAAAUGCUGGUUUUGGGAUUGGGAGACACGCAAUGUUUCCAGAAAACUCGAGUGUCAUGAGGGAGUGUGCAUUGGGUGUGAGUGGCACCCAUUGGAACAAAGCAAGGUAGCAACUUGUGGCUGGGAUGGAUUGAUUAAGUACUGGGACUAGUUGCUUCUCUGCUCUAUGUUGCAAGGUGCGGAUAUCAUGUGAUGAACCUGUCUUUGGCCCACGGACUCCCACACAUUUAUUCUUCAGCGCCGCAGAAUCCCUAUCAACCUCCUUCUAGUCCCUGCUUCCCUUGUGGUACUUGUAGUUGUAGGUAUCACCCCGCUUUAGAAAAUAACCGACUUUGGUUAGGCACAUUGCAAAUUGAUUUUUUCCAAGGGUUGAUUUUGACCAUCUCUCGUGGGAAGUCUUGGUCAGCUGGCCUGUUGCAAGGUUUUUUUUUUUUUUUUUUUUUUUUUUUUUUUCUUGAUAAAUAGAUUUAGUCGGCUUCAUAUGUUACCAAUGAACUAGCAUUAUCAGUUAUAACCUGAGUGUUUACUUUUUAUUUUGGUUAA